AACAGUGCGUGCAUCACUGGAAACGUGGAAGUACGCAGGAGCCGCGCAGGGAAAUCGACGGGAAUCAAGGAUUCAAGCGGUCUUAAAACAGAAAAGAUCAUCUGGUGGACCUCUCAGGCUGAAACAUGAAAAACCAGUCGACAUUUCUGUAAGAGAUGCCCGAGAAGAGCCUGGCCAUCAGCGUCGGUGCGCGCAGCCAAAAAUGACGACAGUGGGACAGUGAUUUUCUCCCUCCAGCUCGUCAUUUUUUACUCUCAUAUGCUCGGAUGCAACUCAUCUCCUAUGUAUACACACCACAAAGGAAGGACUGGAAUCCAGAUCAUCUUCCAACACAAGUGCGCACAGAGACGUUUCAUCCUGGAAACCGUUUCCCGCGACAAAUUACGCAGAGAUUUUCCUGCUUUACGGAUCGUUGAGGGAUUUUGAACUUUUGCAUAAGAACUAACUGUAUGAGUACAGUUUUGAACAGGUCGAUACAGCCCCAACCUUCACGGGCGAUGAGUAAUCCACGACGCAGCAACUGAUAAACCUGUAAAACCUGGACUGCGACUGGCGCGUUUGGAUACCUCAUCCUGUGCGUCUUUUUUAUUUCAUUCAUAUGGCUUCUAUCAUCGAGGUGUGUAAAGUACUGAUACAUUAUUGAUGUUUCAUGGCUGUGAGGUGUAGCAACAGUAGUGUGUGGCGAAAGAGGACGGUGCAAGACUAACUGGUUGCGAAGACGCACUUUUAUCGCCUAAUUUCCAAAAGAGGAGACAUUGCGCACGGGCACUGCAGCAACUAAAAGCCACACUGUUUUUAUUUUUCAUCAUUGAAUCCUUUGUUAUUCCUUCCGCUGCUGUCAUCGUAGUAUGUCUGCACUUCGAAAGAAAUUUGGGGACGAUUAUCAGGUAGUGACCACCUCAUCUAGCGGGUCUGGAUUCAACCAGCCUCCCCCGGAGAAAAAGAAGAAGAGGCAGCGCUUCGUGGACAAGAACGGGCGAUGUAACGUCCAGCAUGGGAACCUGGGUGGUGAAACCAGCAGAUACCUCUCAGACUUAUUCACAACGCUCGUAGAUUUGAAAUGGCGCUGGAAUCUGUUUAUUUUCAUCCUCACCUACACGGUGGCUUGGCUCUUCAUGGCCUCUAUGUGGUGGUGCAUCGCGUACAUCAGAGGAGACCUCAACAAAGCACACAACGACAAGUACACUCCAUGUGUGGCCAACGUGUACAACUUUCCCUCAGCCUUUCUCUUCUUCAUAGAGACCGAGGCCACCAUAGGAUAUGGGUACAGAUACAUCACAGACAAAUGCCCCGAGGGGAUCAUUCUCUUUCUUUUCCAGUCGAUCCUUGGAUCGAUCGUCGAUGCCUUUCUGAUCGGCUGCAUGUUCAUCAAGAUGUCUCAGCCCAAGAAAAGGGCCGAGACUCUGAUGUUCAGUGAACAUGCGGCGAUCUCCAUGCGAGAUGGGAAACUAACUCUCAUGUUCAGGGUCGGCAACCUGCGUAACAGCCAUAUGGUGUCUGCACAGAUCCGCUGCAAAUUGCUCAAAUCUCGCCAGACGCCCGAAGGCGAGUUUCUGCCGCUGGAUCAGUUGGAGUUGGAUGUGGGUUUCAGCACCGGGGCAGACCAGCUCUUCCUUGUCUCACCACUCACGAUCUGCCAUGUGAUUGACACCAAAAGCCCCUUCUACGAACUCUCCCAGAGGUCCAUGCAGACUGAGCAGUUUGAAAUUGUAGUGAUACUUGAAGGGAUAGUGGAGACGACAGGGAUGACCUGCCAAGCGAGGACGUCGUAUACAGAAGACGAGGUUCUGUGGGGACACCGCUUCUUCCCGGUCAUCUCCCUGGAGGAAGGCUUCUUUAAAGUGGACUACUCGCAGUUCCACGCCACGUUCGAGGUGCCCACCCCUCCGUACAGCGUGAAGGAGCAGGAGGAGGCCCUGCUGCUCUCUUCGCCCCUCAUGGCUCCGUCCCUGUGCAACAGCGGGGAGAAGAACAGCUCCCUGGACUGCCUGGAGACCCUGGAGGACAAUGACAGCACCACCAAGCUGCCCACCAAGCUCCAGAAGAUCACGGGGCGGGAGGGCCUGCCCAAGAAGCUGCUACGGAUGAGCUCCACCACCUCAGAGAUGACUUACAGCUUUGGAGACCUGCCCAUGAAGCUGCAGCGAAUCAGCUCUGUUCCCGGGGUCUCUGACGAUAAGAUGGCUGGCAAGGCCUCAAAGAUCAGCUCAGAGCCCAUGAGUAAGUCGGUGGCGGACUUACCUCCCAAGCUGCAGCGACUUGCUGGGGGAGGAGGAGGCAGGAUGGACGGACACCUGCCCCCCAAACUCAGAAAGAUGAAUUCAGAUCGCUUUACAUAAAGCAGGCGACAUAUUUUAA